AUGGAUCCUACUGAAAAGAUUAACUCUGUCCUAGUGAAUGUGGUGGAAAGUGAUAGUAUGGAUGCUUGCUUUACUGCUUUUGAUAAAAAUGGUGAUGGAUCCCUUGAUAUGAAAGAAUUUAAUUCACUUUGUCGAGCUUUGUUUCGAAAUGAUCGUGGUAAAAUAUACGCUUUAGAUUCGGAAAAACUUCGAGAUAUAUUCGAGGUUUUCGAUCAUAAUGGAGAUGGUUUGAUAGAUAGAAAUGAAUUUGUUAAAUGCUGGAAUCACUGGAUAAAAAUAAUAGUACGUCCCGUAAACGCCUUCCUAAUAGUCGAUGUUCAAAAUGAUUUUAUUUCCGGUUCGUUAAACAUUAGCAAAUGUGCCGCCCAGCAAAAUGGUUCGGAUGUUAUAGAACCAAUAAAUCGUUUAUUAGACACGGUUGAUUUCGAUGCCGUUUUUUAUUCAUACGAUUGGCAUCCGGUUGAUCAUGUAUCAUUUAUCGAUAAUUUACCAAACAGAAAACUUCAUCCAUCGAGUAUGGUGACUGCUGAUAAAGCCCAACUUUACGAUACGGUAACUUUUGAAGGUCCCCCACUCAUGAAACAGAGACUUUGGCCUCGUCAUUGCGUUCAAGAUUCUUGGGGUGCCGAAUUACAUAAAGACUUGAAGGUCGUAGACGGUGCUAUAAAAAUUUACAAAGGUACAAAUCCAGAAAUUGAUUCCUAUUCUGUUUUUUGGGAUAAUAAAAAAAUUAAAAGGACAACAUUGGAUGAUCAACUACGUGAUAAAAACACAACGGAUAUUUAUGUUUGCGGUUUGGCUUAUGAUGUUUGCGUGGGUGCAACGGCUGUGGAUGCAUUGGCAAAUGGUUACCGUGUUAUUUUAAUAGAUGAUUGUUGCCGAGGUGUCGACAUGCGUGAUAUUGAAAAAACCAAAAAUAAUGUUAUGAUGAAUAAUGGCGUAAUAGUAGAAUCAACAAAGGUAAAAGCUAUGGUGGAAGGAAGAGAUCGAAGACCUGAAUUAGGUUACAAAUUGGCUAUGGAAUUAAAAAAUUAA